AACAAUAAAACAAACAACUCUCUUUCUAAUCUUAUGUCCAUCUCUGUCUCUUUGACUUGGACUCUCUCACACGCUCGGCUCAAACCCAAAUACCUAAAUUCUUCUUUCAAUUACAUCAACCACAUUUCACCUCUCGUCUCUCCUUCUUCCUCUCUCUUCCAGUCUUCCCCACUCUCAUUACUCUUUGUCUCAGGCGAUGCGGCGCCACCACGAGAGCCACCUGCCAUCUCUCACUGCCUUUACAUUUCUCUUCUUUUUACUAACUCAACUGGGUAGCGGAGGUUCCAACUCAGAGUGGUUGGAGGGAGGUGUGCAGGCUCAGAAGCGACUCAGUGGUCCUGGUUCUUCACCACCCACGUGUAGAUCCAAGUGUGGAAAUUGUUCUCCUUGUAAACCGGUUCACGUGCCCAUUCAGCCUGGUAUGACUAUGCCAUUAGAGUACUACCCUGAAGCUUGGCGUUGCAAGUGUGGCAACAAGCUCUUCAUUCCCUAAAACACAAGACAUAAUUCAAAAUACAGACUUCCUCUCAUCAAAUAUAUAUAAUAUUAGUUAUUUAACUCUCUGUAACUUGCUUUAAUGGAUGCUUAUAAUAUUAGCGUAUUGUUGUUAUUAUGAUUAUGAUUUUGCUUUCUCUGUGAGGAGACAGCAUGGAACCUUGGGAAUGUUAGUCCCUCGUGAGUUAGAUUACCAAGAAGAUCUGUCUCCAUUAUCUUUCUCUCUCUCUCCCUCUUUUUCUUGCAGUAACGCAAGUUUGUUAAUAAUGGAGACAGAUUGGAACUAAAGGCUGUAAUUAAAAUGUGCCCUUUUAUACAAAAGUGCAAGUUAUGUUA